AUGUCGGUGCUCGUGCUUCGUGAGAGUAUCUUGAGUAAUGCCUCGUCGGGCCUCAAUCAUGACAACCUGAAAUCCUUUGGCCCGGUAACUGCCGCCGGCUUCGACUUUACACCACUAUUUGAAGACACAAUCCUCUCGCUGCUGCCGUCGGCACUGCUCUUACUAUGCCUGCCAUAUCGCAUCAUCAGUCUGCAUGGUCAGAGGCCAAAGGUCUCCCCUGGGGGAUUCUUGCGCGAGAGUAAACUAGUCUUCCUUGCAGUUUUUGCUGUGAUUCAUCUGGCCUUAUUAAUUUUACACAUUCUGAGCCCGUCCCUCCGCACAGCUUCCACAAUUGCUGCGUCGGCAUUGGCAUUCAUUGCUAGCUUAGGUCUAUGUCUACUCUCGCAUCUUGAGCAUUCUCGGUCUAUUCGCCCGUCCCCGAUCAUCAAUGGCUACAUUCUCCUCACGUUGGUCUUUGAUAUCGCUCGUGUGCGAACACUUUUCCUCGAUUCAAACGGCAGAUCUAUCCCUGGUUUUUUUGCUGGCAUGAUUAGUGUCAAAGUAAUGGUUCUGCUUGCUGAGGCAAUUGAAAAGCGCAGCAUUCUACUGGCACCAUAUCGUGACUUAUCGCCAGAAGAAACCAGUGGCAUUUACAGUAAAUCGUUCUUCUUUUGGCUGAACGAACUUAUGACCUCCGGCUUUGGCCGUGUUCUUCACAACCAUGACUUGUAUCCAAUCGAUCGCGGCAUGUCUUCAGAGGUGCUUCAGCAGCGUAUGAGGCAUACUUGGAGCAUCGCAUCUCAAGGCACUCGCAGGGCUCUCUUCUGGGCGGUCUUACGGGCGAACCUCAAACCAUUGUUCUAUUGCGUGGUCCCGCGUCUGUUCCAGAUUGGGUUUCGAUACGCCCAGCCUUUUCUGCUCACAAGGACUAUCUCCUUCGCAAGUGAUGAGUCUCAGCCAGACAGCAUUGGCUGGGGCCUCACGGGAGCUUUCUUCGUGGUGCUCCUUGGCGUGGCCAUUUCAAAUGGUAUUUAUUACCAUAUGACCUAUCGUUUUGUGACGAGCGUCCGGGGCAACCUGAUCAGCCUCAUCUAUGCCAAAACAGUCGAUCUCAGCAUCACCGCCCUCGAUGAGUCGGUCGCGGUGACGCUGAUGUCCAGCGAUGUUCAAUCCAUCUGUAAUGGCUUUGAGAAUAUCAAUAGUUUCUGGGCGAUGCCUAUUGAGCUGACCAUCGCGCUUUAUCUUUUGGCUCGCCAGCUUGGAAUUGCGGCUGUGGCACCCGCUGCCCUCGCGCUCUUUUCCACUGCCGCUAUCAUGUCCAUUGCGAAGUUCAUGGGGCUUGCCCAGAAAGUGUGGAUGGAGAGCAUUCAGACACGAGUCGAUGUCACUGCCACCAUGCUGGGUUCGAUGAAAUCUGUUAAGAUGCUCGGUUUCACUGACUGGCUCGCGGGCCUUGUCCAGGGACUCAGAGUAAAGGAGCUCAAGGAGGCAGAGCUCUUUCGCAAACUACUUACUGUGCGCGUUUUCCUUGCAAACAUCCUCGUUACAUUGGGCCCCCUUGUAACGUUCGCUAUCUAUGCACUUCACCCACAAGGCGACCAUGUCUUGAAUGCGGAGACCGCUUACACGGUCUUGACGCUGUUGGCGCUCCUUGCUUCGCCCGUCAACGAAUUCAUUCGGUCUAUUCCUUCUAUGAAUGCCGCUUUAGCGUCUCUCAACCGCAUUCAGGAAUUUCUUCAGUCCGAGACUCGACGUGACCAUCGUAUCUUCGUAGAAGAAUCUUCCAACUCUAGUCAGCGUGGUCAGUCCAGCUCGGAUGGGAUAGAACUUACAAAGCUCAACCACUCUCUACAAACGCCGUCAACGGAAAUAGUUAUUGCGCGAGAUGUGAGUGUCUCAUGGAAGGUGGAUGCGGACUUUUCUGUCCACGAUGUCAACCUGAGUAUUGCGAGAGGUCAAAUUCAUAUGAUCAUUGGCCCUACAGGCUGCGGCAAAAGCACUCUCAUGAAAGGGAUUCUGGGAGAAACACCUUCAACCAAGGGCUUUCUUUACACUAGCUGUCGAGAGACGGCAUUCGUGGAUCAGACACCUUGGAUCCGCAACACUUCUUUGAAGGAUAAUAUCCUGGGUGUCUCGGUGUACAAUGAGGCAUGGUACAACGAAGUAGUUAGGGCGUGCGUUUUGGAUCAUGAUGUUGCCCAGUUGCCAAACGGCCAUCUGACGAAAGUCGGUUCUUCAGGCAUUUCCCUGUCCGGUGGGCAAAAGCAACGUUUGGCUCUUGCUCGUGCUGUAUACGCACGCAAAGACUUGGUCAUGCUGGAUGAUGUUUUCUCUGGGCUCGAUGCUGAUACAGAGGAGCGCAUCUUCACGAGGCUAUUUUCGAGACAAGGAUUGUUUCGCCGACUGGGAACAACUGUGCUACUAGUCACCCAUGCCGUGCACAGGCUUUCCUAUGCUGACCAUAUUAUCGCCAUGGACAGCGAUGGUUCUAUUGCAGAACAGGGCAGACUAGAGGAGCUUGAGGCAAGUGGCGGCUACGUAGCGCUGCUCAAAGCACGAUAUCGGAGCGACACCAGUGAUGACGAAACGAAUACUCAACAAAAUCAAGCAGCUGCAGUAAUCUUAGCUGGCUCAGAGAAUGCCAGUGGUACUAACACUAUAGAGGAGGAGUUAACCAGACAGAAUGGCGACUUUUCUCUCUAUCUAUAUUACUUCGGUUCAGUACAUUGGGCAUCAACUGUUGUUUGGAUGUCCUGCUUUGUACUUCAAGGAGUGGCGGCCAAGCUGAGUGAGUUCUUGGUAAACUUUUGGACAAGCUCUUUGGAGAAAAGUGGCAGCAGUGUCAACGGGUUCUACCUAGGCCUCUACGGCAUGUUAACCAUGAUUACUACUGUUGGCCUUGUGGGUGGAGUUUAUCAUUAUGUCUUGUUCUUUGCGCCAAGGAGCGCCCAAAGUCUCCAUGAGCGGCUCCUGAGAUCGGUGAUGAAUGCACCGCUCUCAUUUUUCACUUCGGUCGAUAUUGGCACCACGACUAACAGAUUCAGCCAAGAUAUGACGCUGAUUGAUCACGACUUACCUUACUCGGUGACCGAUUUUGUAGUAUCGUCAUCGAACGGGCUGAUGUCUGCUAUUCUGAUGUGCGUCUCCGCUCGUUACUUCGCCGCCGUGAUGCCGGCAGUCUUUCUUUUCAUGUGGAUGCUGCAAAAGUUCUACUUGCGCACGUCUCGCCAGAUGCGACUUCUCGAUUUGGAGGCGAAAUCACCACUAUUCUCCCAAUUCCUCGAGAGCUUGUCAGGCCUGGUGACAAUCCGCGCCUUUGGCUGGGCCUCUGACUUUGAAAACCAGAACCUGGCAUUGCUGGAUGCGUCACAAAAACCUUUCUACUUGCUCUUCUGUAUCCAAAGAUGGCUGGAGCUCGCACUGGACUUGUCCGUAUCAGUUCUUGGUGCUAUCCUUAUGGUCCUAGUGGUCAAAUUGCGGAGCGAUGUUGGUGCUGGAUAUGUCGGUCUGGCCAUUCUCAACGUCAUCACCUUCAGUCAAUCACUGUCGGAGAUUCUUCGCAUGUGGGCUAACCUUGAGACCUCUAUCGGCGCGAUUGCUCGUAUCCGAGAUUUUGUCGCCAACACUGCCAAUGAAAACCAAACGGGGGAGAAAGAGCGGCCUGCAACCAUAGAUAACGACUUGAAAUCCUGGCCGUCUAAGGGAAAAAUCGAAUUUCGCAACGUCUAUGCGUCUUACGAAACGAGCGAAGACCAGAGGUUUGUACUCCGGGGUUUGAACCUGUCUAUCGAAGCCGGCCAAAAGAUUGGAAUCUGUGGACGCAGCGGUAGUGGGAAAAGCUCGCUUCUGGCAAGUUUGUUCCGAAUGCUGGAAGUUGAUCCCAAGAGUCAGAUCCUCAUCGACGGCGUGGAUAUCACUCGCAUCUCGCGACAGACUACACGUACUGCUCUGAAUGCUAUUCCACAGGAACCGUUUUUCACUCAUGGCACUGUGCGUGCCAAUAUGGACCCGUGGAACACCAACACUCCUGAGCAGAUCGAAGUGGCUCUACGCCGCGUUGAAUUGUGGGAAAUUGUUGAGACGAAAGGCGGAUUGAACACGGCGCUCGAUGCCAAUUUCUUUUCUCACGGGCAGAGACAACUGUUUUGUCUAGCGCGAGCUCUGUUGCGCGGGAGCAAGGUCGUCGUUCUCGAUGAGGUGACAAGUAACGUGGAUGUUGUUUCCGAUGCGUUGAUGCAACGUAUAAUUCGUGAACAAUUUGCGGACUGUACGAUCCUAGCUGUUGCUCAUCGACUUGAGACUAUACUGGAUUUUGAUCGGAUCGCAGUGAUGCGGGACGGGGAGCUGAUCGAAUUUGAUACUCCGAAGGCACUUCUUGAGAUAGAAAGUGCAUUCAAGGAGCUCUACGAGUCAUGA